AUGGCUGACGCAUUUGCUAAUUUGAAGAAGUCAGAACGCAUCGAAAAAGCUGUUUGCGCAUGUCAAGAGGAUAGCAAAUUAACAGCACGAAAAGCUGCGAAAAUUUACAACAUUGCUGCUUCUACGAUUACUCGACGCCUCAAUAAGCAAACGAAGUCCAGAAAGCUUAUAAGCGAAUCGCAGCAACUCUUGACCCCUGUGGAGGAGCGUACCAUUAUUCAAUGGGUUAUUCAAUACUACAAAUGGGGAUUACCCCUUGGUUGGAAGCAAAUUCGCCAAUUCGCGAUAGAAAUCCUCCUUCGAAAACGCCCGCAGCCACAGGGCAGUGUACCCUCUUUAGGCAGGCAUUGGCACAAGAAGUUGCUUACUCGAAAUCCUCAAAUAAAGCGCGUAAUUGCGCGUGGCCUUGAUCGUACACGAGCAUCUGCAAUGCUCAGAGUUGAGACUAUUCAAGAGUAUUUCGAGCUCUACAACUCUUUACGGCAGAGAUAUCAGAUUUUGCCUCAAGAUACGUACAAUAUGGAUGAGAAGGGCUUUUGUAUGGGCGCAAUUCAACGCUCUUCUGUGCUUAUCCCUGUGGGCGAAAGAGAGGCAUUUCUACGGCAGGAUGGCAACAGAGAGUGGGUCUCCGUCAUAGAGACUAUUUCUGCAUCUGGCGAAUCGCUAUCAAGCUAUAUCAUCCUCAAAGCAAGCUAUCAACAGAGUAGUUGGUAUCAACAGCUUGAUACGCAGAGCCUCUUAUGGCUAAAACAGCAUUUUGACGUCGAAACAGCUAAACGUCAAGUUGGCGAAUAUCGACUGCUCCUCCUUGAUGAUUAUUCUACUUGUGCUCCCCCCUCAUACGACUCACUACAGCCACUCGACGUUGUUAUAUUUCAGCCACUUUCGAAAUACUAUAGCGUUGAGGUCGAAAAUCACUCUCGAGAGAAGCAUUAUUGGUUAGAUAAAGAGGAUUUUAUCGUCUACUAUCAAAAUGCUCGAAAAAAGGCGCUUCGAGAGGGCAACAUUCUUUCUGCGUGGCGAACAACAGGGUUACAGCCUUAUAACCCACAAAUAGUGCUCACAAAGCUACCAAAUCGACUUACUACCCCCCCUGAAUCAGCUCAAAUUCAGCUUAUUCUUAACGGCAACUCCUCUCUCAACUUGCUUGUUGGUGCAAGCAAUGAUUAUGUCACUAAAGCUACGCAAGCUAUCAAAGAUACAAUGCUAGGGAGCCCUGCAGAACAUGCUAUCAAGACGAUAGAGUAUCUCAACGCUAAUAACGCAAUUCUGAGCAAAACGAAUACUCAAUUAGUAGCUGCCUCACGAUCUCGCCAACAGGCCAAAAAAGGCAAGAAGACCCUGGGCAAAGCACGCUCACUCAGCAAGGAGGACGUUGAUAAGAUGCGCAAGGAGGCAGAGGCUAAGGAGGCAGCUGAAAUAGCUCAUAAAGCUGCUAUGGGGCGGAAGAAGAAGGAGCAAGCACUCAAAAAGGCGCAGAAGGAGGCAGAUAAAGCAGAACGCGCAUUUCAACGCGCCCAGGCGAAGGAUACACGCGAAACGCAGGCUGAGAUGGCUCGAUUGGGCAGAAUAAAGCAAUGUUUGUUUACAUAA